AUGUCUCAGACUGUUGAACUGAAGGUGGCCAUGUCCUGCCAAGGCUGCGUGGGUGCCGUGAAGAGGGUUCUUGCGAAAAUGGAAGGCAUCGAAUCAUUUGACAUUGAUAUCGAGAGCCAAAAGGUGACCGUUAAAGGCAAUGUGCAGCCUGAAGCAGUUUUUCAGACUGUUUCAAAGACCGGCAAAGCAACUUCCUAUUGGGAAGCAGUUGAGCAGCCAGCUGCAGCCGAGCAAACAGCUGCAGCUGAGCCACCAUCGGCAGCCGAGCCAACAGCUGCAACUGAGCCACUAGGGGCUGAACUUGAGUUAAAGGGUGCAGCGGCCCACCCGGAAUCGAAGCCUGCUGAGACCAUCACUGCUGCACACUAA